GGCUCAAGGCCCCCGGAAGUAGAGAGCCGACUAGCGGUGGGGCCUUUCAUGGGUGCCGCCCGAGCCGGGGAGCCAGGGUGGUUGCGCAGGCCCACAGUAUGUUGGAGGAGGCAUAUUGGGUCAGGCACCCAGAAUUGGUAUGGGCGCCCGCCACACCAGAAGGUGGCCGAGAGGACGCCCAGAGUCCUCGGGCCCAGAGGUUCUUGGUCUUCGGGACUGCCGAUGCGUUCGAGGGCAAGAGCCUUGUCCCAGACAAGAAGGGUACCGAUGACAAGCUCGCUAGGGUAAAGGGUUCGCAGCUCCAGGGUGUAGCCGACGUGUGCCUGCUGGAGGAGGUGAACGACGGUGCUCUGCUGCACACAGUGCGCACGCGCUAUCGCAGGGACGAGAUCUACACCUACGUCUCGCAGAUGCUGAUCGCCGUGAACCCCUUCAGGUGGUUGCCCAUCUAUUCCAACGAGACCAUGCAGACCUUCCUGACAGCUGGAAGCACGUCGUCGAUGGACCCGCACAUCUUCGGAACCGGCUUCAACGCGUUCAGAGGCCUGAAGGAGAGCGCACAGGCUGUCCUCGUCAGCGGCGAGUCGGGCGCCGGCAAGACGGAGUCGGCCAAGUUGAUCAUCAAGUACGUGGCGCAGGCGGCGACGGGGCACCACGGAAUGGUCCCAGACGGUGGCGCGGCGGGCCAGGCGGCCGCCACUCGGCCGUCCAGCCCCUCGGCGGCGAACGCGGGCGUGGAGGCGUGGAGUGGCCGGAGCGAGGGCCAGCCGCUGGGCGAGCACGGGAGAAGUGGCGACCCCAGGACCGAGGCUGCCUCGAGCGACGCAGCAGGUGUUGGUGGCAUCGAGGACAAGAUCAUGGGCGUGAAUCCGGUGCUCGAGUCCUUCGGAAACGCCACCACGGAGAGGAACAACAAUUCGUCGCGCUUCGGGAAGUGGACGCAGAUCGGCAUGUCUCAGGACCUGAGGAUACGGGGAUGCUCGAUCACGGACUACCUGCUGGAGCUCACCCGCGUGUGCGGCCAGGGCCCCCGCGACCGGAAUUACCACAUCUUCUUCCAGCUCAUCCAGGCCCGGGGCGACAGCGAGCUAUCCGAGUACAAUUUCGGAAAGUGUGAUGACUACUUGUACCUCAAGGGUGCCAGGCACGAGGCGUCCGGAAUAGACGACAAGGAGUGGUUUCGCGAGACCAAAAAGGCAUUCAGCCAACUUGGUUUCAGCCACGAGGUCCAGAUGGAGAUCUUCCGCAUUACUAUGGGCGUCCUCUCGCUAGGGAACAUCCAGUACACAGAUCAGGACGUCGGUGGCGCCGACGGCUCUGCGUUCGUUGACCAGGCUCCAGUCGAGGAGGCUGCCAAGCUGUUCGGCAUGAACCCGGAGCAGUUGAGCAUGCCCCUGCUGCAGAAGAUCAAGCAGGGCAAGGCCAGCAUCAUCACUGUGCCAAGAAAUGCCAAAGAUGCUUCGGCAACGCGGGAUUCCAUCGCGCGGUUGUUGUACGGCCGCUUGUUCAAGUGGCUGGUGGCGGAGAUCAACAAGUCGCUGGGCGACUGCGAGAGUGCUUCCACGUUUUUCGGCGUGCUGGAUAUCGCUGGCUUCGAGAGCUUCGCACGGAACGAUUUGGAGCAGCUGUUCAUCAAUUAUGCGAACGAAUUGUUGCAGCAGCACUUCAACAAUGCCUUCUUCAAAAUGGAGCUGGAUCAGUACAAGGCCGAGGGCUUGGACUGCUCCGAAGACCUCAGCUACAAGGACAACAGCGACAUCGUGGAGCUCUUGAAGACUAAGGGGGGAAUCUUCCAGAGCCUGGACGAAGAAACUACGCUUGCGAGUGGGAAGGCAGAGAAUUUCGUCAGCAAGAUAUCCAGGGCGCACGCAGAUCACCCGCGAAUGGUCGUGCCGAAAAUCAAAAAGAAGUUCCCCGCAUUUGGAAUCCAGCACUUUGCUGGCACAGUCGAGUACACUUGCGAGGGCUUCCUGGAGAAGAACGCAGACAGCAUCCCCGCUGAGGCACCCGAUUUGCUCAAGGGCUCUACAAUCGGCAUCCUGCGAGACCUAGGCGAGCAACUCAGGCAGGAGGCAGAAGACUCCAGCAAUCAGAAGGGUGCGAAAAAAAAGACUGUCAGCAUCAUGUUUCAGAAGUCGCUGGAAAUGCUGAUGGGCAAGAUUGAGGAAGCGCAGCCAAAUUUCAUCCGGUGUGUCAAACCCAAUGCGGAGAAGGUGGCAAGCAAGUUCACAUCGCAGCUUGUGCUGGAACAGCUGCUCUACUCGGGCGUGUUCGAGGCCGUCCACAUCCGGCAGUCAGGUUUUUCGACCCGGUUGCCUUUUGACGCGUUCCUCACUCUCUACGUCAUGCUCGCUAGGGUAGACAACCCAGAGGAUUGCACCUCGUGCGGCGGCUCUGGGUGUUGCUUUUGCAAGCUGCCGGACGAGGCAGACAACAAGCACAAGUGUUGGCAGUGCUAUAACGUCGGAUGCAAAAGCAGCGGUGUCGUCUGUGAUUGCCCAGCGGGCCCGCGCCUCAAGGACAUGCUGCGGGGGCGGGGCUCGACGCAUGUUCUCAAGGUGCUGGAGAAGCUCUGCGAGGGCCCCGACGCUAAGCGGGGCAUGGCCGUGGGCAAGUCGAGGGUCUUCCUGAAGAAGAGGGCGCACGAUGCGCUGGAGCGGAUGCGUGACCAGAUUUUCAGGGACGCCCAGGCGCUCUUCGAAGAGAUCAGACAAGAGCUCGAGCAGGCGAUCCAGGCCCGCCAGAUCGACGCCCUGACGGCCGCCAUCGCCAGCGCGGAGGCGAAGGGCUUCGAGGAGUGCGACCUGUGCGACCAGGCGAGGGGCGUGCUGUUCGAGGAGCAGAACGCGCGGCUCUUCGCCGAGCUCAAGGCCGGCCUGGAGGCCGCCAUCGGCACCGGGGACGUCGACGCGCUGCAGUCCGCGAUCGAGCAGGCGGAGCAGCACGUGGCCUUCAAGGACGGGUCCCUGCAGGCCGCGCGGGAGGCCCUGCACGAGCUCGGGCGCGCCGACCGCGCCGCCGCAGCCCUCCGGGAGGCGCUGCGCGCGCCCGCCCUCGAGGGGCUGCAGGCCGCCCUGGAGGAGGCGGAGGCCGCCGGGCUGGGCGGCGGCCUGCUGCAGGAGGGGCGCGCCGCGCUCGAGAGGCAAGCGCAGGAGAGGCGGGCCGCGCUGGCGCAGGAGGAGGCCAGGGCUAAGAUCCGGGCGUUGGGCUCUCCUCCCUGGGAGCUGGCGGAGCUGGAGGCGGCGCUGGAGCAGGGCAGGGCCGCGGGCCUGGAGGACGCGGAGCUGGAGGGAGUCCAGCGGCAGGUGGGCGAGCUCCAGGCCAGGGCCGAGGCGCGCGAGCGGCUGGCCGAGGCCGCCCAGGGGCCGGACGAGGAGCGCUUCCGCCGGGCGGAGCAGCAGGCCGCGGCCGCCGGCCUCGAGGAGCGCGACCGCGUCCCGUACCUUCUGCAGUUUGCGGCGGCCCUCGGUGAGGCCGAGCGCCUGCGGGCGGCGAUCACCCUCGCGGAGGAGCUGGGCGGCUCCGCGGGCGAGGGCGAGUGGCUGAGCAGGGCAAGGGAGGCGCUGCAGGUAUCGGAGGAGAGGGACCACGUGCUGCGAGCGCUCUCGGACGCGAUCGCCUUGGGAGACCUCCAGGCGCUGCGCGACGGCGUCCGGCAGGCGGAGUCCCUGGGCGUGCCGGCCCCGCGGCUGGGCGACGCCCGCGAGGCGCUGGCGCACGAGGAGGGCCGGGAGGCGGCCAGGAGGCAGAUCCAGGAGGCCCUGAGCGCCAGGGACCUGGACGCGCUCCACGCAGCGCUCGGGAGGGGCCGGGAGGCAGGCCUCUGCCAGGCGGAGCUGGCCACGGCGGCCGCGAUCCUCCACCGGGAGGGGCGCCGGGCGGCGGCGCUCGCCGCCAUGAAGAAGAGGGCCGAGGCGGGGCGCAUCAACACCGCUGCGCUGAAGAGGGCGGUCGACGAGAGCAGGGAGGCCGGCGUGGCGCCCGAAGAGAUCGCGCGCUGCCACCUGGUGCUCGCGCUCGCGCUGCGCGAGGUGGCCACAGUGCGCGCUGCCGUCGAGGAGGCGGACGCUUGCGGCCUGGACGGCGGGGAGUUGGAGCGCGCGAGGUGCACGCUGGAGCUGCUGGAGGCGGUGCAGGACCAGUCUGUGCAGGGCCUGAAGGAGGCCAUCGGCGGAGGCGAGUUCUGCGGCGUGGAUCGGGCGCUGCUGGACCUGGCGAGGGACGAGCUCGCGCUCGCCGAGAGGAAGCAGGAGGCGCGGAGCCACCUGUCGCGGGCGCUGGGCACGCCAGAGGAGCGCGAGCUGAAGGCCGCCCUGGAGCACGGGCGGCGGGCGCAGCUGGACGAGGCCGAGCUGCGGGAGGUGCGGGCGGCCUACCACGCGGAGCGCCGCAAGGCCGCGGCCCGGCGCAACCUGGAGGAGACCGUCGACAAUCCCGUCGAGUCCGCGGCCUUCCAGACGGCCAUGGCAGAGGGCGUGGAGGCGGGCCUGGACAUCGCGGAGCUCGAGGGCUUCUCGGCCCGCGCCGACAGGGCCAGGCAGGUCCACGACGCGGUGGCGGCCCUCCAGAGAGCGAUGGGGGGCGAGGGCUCCCCGGAGGGCGGGAGGGCGGUUCGCGUCCAGAGGAUUCAGGAUGCCGUCGAGCUUGCGGAGGAGGUCGGAGUGCCCGAGGAGGAGGUCGCGCGGGCGAAGAGGCGCCUGGAGCUGGAGCAGCACGGGCUCGUCCGAGAGAGAGAGCAGUGCGAGGACCUGCUGAACUCUGCCGCGAGGGAGCAGAAUCCGGCCGCGCUCCGCGCGGCGAUCUCGCAGGCCGAGGGGCUGCAGACCCCAGACAGCCUCGGUGUCGACCAGUCCCUCCUGCGGAGGGCGAGGGCUGCGCUGGCGCAGACGGACCGGAAGGCGGCCGUCAUCGCAAGCGUCCAGGAGGCCAUCCGCAGCGACGACGCGCGGCUGCUCCACGUGGCCAUCGCCGAGGGAGCGGAGUGGGACGUGGAGCCUUCGCUCGUGGCCGAGGCGGAGGGCGCCCUCGCCAGCCUCCGGCGCAGGGAUGCUGCGCGGGACGCCCUCGACCGCGCGCUCCAGAGCGAGGACGUGUCGGCCCUGGCCGACGCCCUGGCCGACGGACGCAGCGCGGGGCUGGGGGAGGCGGAGCUCCGCGAGGUCAAGCUGCGGCUCGGCGCAGAGCAGCGCAAGGCGGCCGCCGUGCGGGGCCUGCAGCAGGCCAUCAUGGGCCGGCAGCACCGCGCGCUCCGCUGCGCCCUCGCGGAGUGCCGCGCGGUGGGUGCCUGCGAGGACUCCGCGGGUGCCCAGCUCGUGGCGGAGGCGGAGCGGGCCCUGGCUCUCGAGCUCGGCACGCUUGGCGAGAAGGAGCAGGUGGACGCGGCCGUCCGCAGCGGCAGCAAGGAGGCCCUGCUCGAGGCGGUCGCGCGCGCGAGGGCGGUCGGGCUGAGCGACGUGCACCUGCAGGAGGCCCUGGGCGCGCUGCGGGGCAUCGAGGCCAAGGAGCAGCGCUGGAAGGAGAUGAAGGAGACCCUGGAGGAGGCCGUCGCCAGCCGCGACAUCGCCUGCCUCUGCGCGGCGCUCUCCGAGUGCCGGGCGACGAGCUUCGACGCCCCCGAGGUGCAGGCCGCCGAGGCCGUCCUCAGGGUGGAGCAGAUGAAGGAGCGGGCGAGGGCGGGCCUCGGCGCGGCGGCGCAGGAGCGCGACGAGCAGGCGCUGCUGCGGCUGCUGCUGGAGGCGCAGCGGCAGGGCCUCUCGGAGGAGGACGUCGCCGAGGUGCGGGCGCGGCUGGGCCCAGAGGAGCGCCGGGCCCUGGCCCGCGCGGGCCUCCGGGCGGCGCGGGAGCAGCGCGGCGCCGCCGCGCUGGCCGCCGCGAUCGCCGAGGGCGCGGCGAGCGGGCUCGAGGAGCCCGCCCUCGCCGAGGCGCGGGGCCUGCUGGUCCGGGAGAAGGCCAGGGAGCAGAAGCACGCGGCGCUGCUGGAGGCGAUGGGGCGCCGCGACCCCGACGAGCUCGGCGUGGCCAUCGCGGAGGCGGGCGCCCACGGGGCCGACGACGACGUGCUCGAUGCCGCGCGGGCAAUCCGCGAGGCGGAGGCCCGGAAGGCGGCGGCGCGCGGGAGGCUCUUCCUGGCCACGGGGCGCCUCUCCGGGCCGGCCGCGGCCGCCCCCCGCCAGGAAGCGCCGCCCUACAUGGACUCCCCGGGGCUCCUCGGCGCGCCCGGCGCGCCCGGCGGCCUCGGCACCUCGGGAGCCUUGAGACGGAGGUCAGUGCAAACGGGGGUCCGCCAGAGCGCCCGAUCCCGCAGCAUCCUGCAGAGCCAGGGUCGCAUGGGACCCCGGCUCGGGUGCAGGAUCCUGCAGGAUCCUGCAAGGCCUGACUGGCCCGGGUCUGGGUUGACCCGGGUCAGCAGGUUCCCGAGGCACUGCGCGGCCCUGCUCGCCGCCCGCCGCCGGCAGCGCCCGGGCCCCGCCGCCCUCGCCCGGUCGCCUCGCGCCGAGCGCCGUGCCGCUCGGCGAGCUGCAGGACGCCCUCGCAGAGGGCGAGGCGGCGGGCCUGGGGCCCGCCGAGCUGCAGCAGGCGCGGGACGCGCUGCGGGCAGAGACGCUGCGCUUGUUGGAGGAGGGCGACCGCAGGUACCCCAUGGUGAGGGACGCCCUGCUCGGCCCGGCGAGGGAGCUGGCCUUCGAGCUGGCGUGCUGCUCCCUGCAGAGCGUCGGCCGGGGCGGCGCGCCCCAGAAGGCGCGGGAGACGCCGCCCGUGUUCGACGCCGACUGCAGCGAGGCCUACACACAGCUCGUCCAGGGCAUGUGGCUCGCCAAGAGGGGCACGAUCCUCUCCGAGCUGUGCGCAAACCUGAGGACGUGCGCCAUAUCCAAGGAUGGUAAGCCACUCGGCGUCGAGAGCGUCGGCAAGAAGCAGCUCCUGAGGCUUUGCAUGGAGCUCCAGCCCCGCUAUCGCCAUAUGUUCAGCAGCGACCAGGUGAACCGAUUCCCGCUGAUGCUGCUCUGCAUGGUGCUCUACACGCAGCAGGAUGUCGACAUAGAUCGGAUGAUGCUCUUCCCUGACUGCCCGACGGGUCUCUCCGAGGAGCGCGAGCGCUCCUACGCGCAGUACCGCGACCGCACCAAGGCGGCGAAGGAGGAGCGCAACCCGAUGGUGGCCAGUUCGAUCAGUUGGGCGGCAUGGGCUUCCUGGGGCUUUAUCAGCACGGGCAGGCCCAACAGCAUGGAGAAUUGGAACCAGAAGGAGUGGACCUUCGUCCAGGCGCGGUUGGAGACCUGGGUGAAGCUGAUGUGCGUCUUGAGUGCCAUCCAACCACGGCUCGCCGAGUCCAGGACUGUCACGAGGUCCCUGGUGGGCAUGGCCGACGGCGCUCUGGACUACCUUCGCCGACGGCGGCCCGGGGAGACUCUGUUCUGGGCGCCCCCCCUGAGCGCCAGCCUCGACGAGGAGGACCACGUGCGGCCGGACUCCCUGCUCGUGGCCGAGCGCAGCGUGGUGUUCCGGAUCGCCGGCGUGACGCAGGGGCUGGAGCUCUUCCGCUCGAGCCAGUACCCGGGCGAGAGGGAGGUGCUCGGGAGGGGAAAAAGCACACACACACACAGACACAGACCACGCACCGUCGGCUCCCAGGAAUAUAUAGAUGGGGAAGGUUGGGCAGCGGAGGCGAAGACGGAAAAUAGAUUGGAACACAGGGGGGAUCCUGGGAGGUGUGUCUAUGUAUUUGUGACCGCGCCCCCUGCUCCAGUCCAUGGCGUACCUUGUCCUGUGCAAGAUCUUCGGCGCCGCCAGUUCUCUGAGCCCUCCGGCCGCCUGAGGCCCCGCCCGCCCGUGCCCUGUCUCCCCAAUUAGGGCUACACCGGAAGGGGCCCGCUCCCGACCCCCCGACCAAAAAAUUCGAUGUAUCUGUGUGUCCCUGGGCCACCUCUGGGUGCUGCUGCCCGCCUUCUCCCUCCUGCGCGUGCGCGGCGUGCGCGACGAGCCCGGCCGGCCGCUGCUCCUCGAGUGCGGCUUCGAGGGCACCAUGCUGCCCGAGAGGCUGCAGCAGGCCUGCUGGCAAGACCUCCUGGAGGCGUCCCGGGAGCUCGCGCGAGAGGCCCUCGAGGCGG